AUGGCAGAAGCACGUACAGCAACCGUUAACCGAAAAACAAACGAGACCGACAUUCAGCUGGACAUUAAUCUCGAUGCCAGUCUCGAUCAGCAGAUCCACAUUGACACUGGCAUUGGCUUCCUUGAUCAUAUGUAUCAUGCUCUUGCAAAACACGGUGGUUGGUCGUUGACUCUCAAGUGUAAAGGUGAUCUACACAUCGACGACCAUCACACAGCUGAAGAUACGGGCAUCGCCCUCGGUAUGGCGUUCAAGCAGGCUCUCGGUACGCCACGGGGCAUCAGACGAUUCGGUUCGGCUUUCUGCCCUCUUGACGAGGCACUUUCACGAUCUGUGGUCGAUAUUUCCGGACGCCCGUUCGCUGAUAUCAACCUGGAUUUGAAGCGCGAAAUGAUCGGCACGCUGUCAACCGAAAUGAUUCCUCACGUUUUGCUUUCGUUUGCGUUUGCUGCAGGCAUUACCCUUCAUGUGGAUGUAUUGAAGGGCACCAACGACCAUCACAAGUCCGAGUCGGCCUUCAAGUCCCUGGCUGUGGCGAUCAAGCAGGCUGUCGAAAGAACUGGGUACAGGAGGCUAAUCGUAGAUUCGUUGUUGGGUUUUCUAGAAAUAACUGGACUUAUAUCAGCUGUGGUUGUUCUCGGCCACUUUCUGCUAGAGUCGCCGUUAGCCAGCAAAAGUCUUAUGCUUUCCUAUAAGGUCGGACAUGACGCGUACGACAAGGGCGUCGACGAUUUCUACUUUGUGGGCUUCUGGGUGGUGGCGUUUACGUUUCUUAGAGCUAGUAUCAUGAAGUACAUAUAUCAUCCACUGGGCCGCUUAGUGGGUAUCGCCCCCUUUGGCAAACGACAGCGAUUCGCAGAGCAAGGUUUUGUGGUUACCUACUCAAGCUUAUUUUGGACCCUUGGCAUGUACAUCAUGUAUAACAGUCCGUACUGGUUCGACACAACGCAAUACUGGAUCGACUAUCCCCAUAUUUAUUUGACUCGACUGACAAAGUACUACUAUCUGAUGCAGCUGGCGUUUUGGUUCCAGCAACUGUACGUCAUCCACAUCGAGAAGCGACGGAAAGACCACUACGCCAUGUUAUUCCACCAUUUUAUCACGAUCACCUUGUUGGUGUCGAGCUACUAUACCAAUUUCACUCGCAUCGGCAAUGCGGUUUUGUGCUGUAUGGACGUGUCUGAUAUCCUCUUAGCAUUUGCGAAACUUUUAAAAUAUUUGGGUUUUACCACCUUGUGUGACAUAGCGUUCGCUACGUUUGCAAUAGCAUGGCCCGUGACACGUCAUGGCUUCUUUACGGUGAUUAUAUGGGCGACGCUAGCCGAUCCUCACAAGUACAUGGAUAUGAAGUGGGAGCCUGAAAAGGGUAAAUACUUUACUCCAUUUACCCAGAAACUGUACCUGUUACUAUUCCUGUUGCUGGAUGUCAUCAUGAUAUACUGGUUCAGCAUGAUCGUCCGAAUCGUUUUUCGGGUCAUCCAGGGCAAGAACGCCGAGGAUACCCGCAGUGACGACGAAGACGACGACGAAGAGUAA